AUGUCUACGCAUUCCAAUAUCGUUGACGAGGGCGACUUUGUUGACUCAGAUGAUGAAUUUGAGGUCGAAGAAGUUUCCCAAAAUCCCCAACGCUACCUAGAGGGGCUUUACUACCCUAUCUGUAUCGGCGAAACGUUAGCCAACCAGUAUCGAAUUGAACACAAGCUGGGCCACGGAGGUUUCUCAGCUGUAUGGAUGGCAUACGACAUGUUAGCGAAGAAAGAUGUGGCGCUCAAGAUUAUGACGCCUGAAGAGUCAAAUGAGCAUGAAUACAAGAUGCAAACAGAGAUCGCCCGACGUAUCCAGGAUAAGUCUCAUCUCAUCCUCUAUGAAAACACAUUUCUCCUCCGUGGAUCUCACGGUGAUCACCGAGUUCUCGUCUUGCCUUUACAGGGUCCCAAUCUUCGAGGCCAUCUCCGUCAGAAACCAGUGGCGGUCCGGAUGUCGGCUGCAAAGCAACUCCUACAAGCCAUCCUUCAUCUGCAUGACUGCGGAAUUGUCCUUAGAGAUCUGAGUAGCGCAAACGUUAUGUGGAGCCUUCGACCUAUGAACAACAGCAGUGUUGCUGCAAAGUAUAGAGAGAUUGGGCGCCCCAAGAAGGUUCGACUGGACCCCUACUUAUGGAAGGCAGGUCAACUAGUCAUGACAAUGAGAGCUCAACAGAGUCUCAUUGGAGAUGAUGUAUCUCUCGGUGACUUCGGACUUGCAAUUAAAGCAGACACCCCAGUCUCACAAAAGCUACAAUCACCUGCUAUUUAUUGUGCUCCUGAAAGAGUCCAUGAUCAGGACCCGACGUUCGCCACUGAUAUGUGGAGCUAUAUGUGUAUUCUGGCAGAGCUAUAUAUGGGCUACGCUCUUUUCUAUGGAUCGGGGAACUCUUCAAUCGUAUCUUGCAUAGUUCACGCUUUAGGCCCUCUCCCUGCUACAUGGAAGGGAACUUAUAAGGCAGGUGGUGUGGCUAAUGAUUGGUGGUACGACCAGGACUAUGAGCUGGACCCUACUGCAUCACUUGAAGCCAAGGUAGCACGGCUACGACCAGAAGUCGAUGGAGCAGAGAGAGCGCUUGUGAUAUCUGUACUUCGAAAAGGUCUUUCGUAUCUCCCCCAUGAUCGAUUAACUGCGAAAGAACUGCUAGAGGAUGCUUCUUUCCAGUCGCUGAUGGAGAUUUACGGAGUAUAG